GCUCCUGCCCUUCAUCUCAGAGUUACCUCCUCCUCUCUGUCUGUGCAGCUCUUUUCCAGCAUGGCAGCGCUCUGGCUCCAGACCUUCUCCCUGCUCGUCUUAAUGAUGGUUUCGUGGCCGGGCUCCCAGGCCGUCGGUGGGCCACAGCACCUGUGCGGCUCCCACCUGGUGGACGCCCUGUACCUGGUCUGUGGGGACAGAGGCUUCUUCUACAACCCCAGGAGAGAUGUGGACCCUCUGCUUGGUUUCCUCCCUCCAAAGGCAGGUGGUGCUGUGGUGCAAGGUGGUGAGAAUGAAGUGACCUUCAAAGACCAGAUGGAAAUGAUGGUGAAGCGAGGCAUUGUGGAGGAAUGCUGUCACAAACCCUGUACCAUCUUCGACCUGCAGAACUACUGCAACUGAACACUGCUCUGCUGGACUUUGUUUAGUCGAGCCAGGCUCGGCUAUUCAGGUCUGAGUCCCAACCCCACCUCGCUCCCUGCUUCAGAGGAGAGCCACAGCUGUCCUCUCUCUGAAAACCAACUGCUGUCAAAUGAAGUGCUGAGAAAUGGAUAAAAUUAAUUUUCCAAGAAAUAAAAAUGCAAAAUGUGACAA